AAUACAACAACAAUCUAUUGCUAAUCACUUGUAUUAUUAAUUAAAAUGUUUACAAAACUCACCCUUGCUAAAUUAAUCACCAUUUAUGUAUAUUUAUUGUCUGUAUUUAAUAUAUACCAAUGUCAGGUAACCACCGAAACAACGACCCAGAAAACAUUUGAACAAAAAGUUUUAGACAACCAGAAGAAGGGCGAAGAGAAUCUCAAGACAUUAUCGCGAUCUAAGGCUAGUGUUUGGGUCGACACUAAUAAAGGCAAUAUAUUUAGUACAAGUAUUGGCAGCAGUCAUAUAGAAAAGGACAAGAAUGGUAAUAACGGGACGGGAGCAGCGGUGGGCCGGUCAUCAAACAUGUUGCUAACACUGAUGAUACAGCCCGGCGGACAG